AAAAUAGGGGAAAAGAAAGAAAAAAGAUCCGCGAGGAGUUCAAUUGGCAGUUGCUGAGCCUGAACGCGCUCGCCCUCGCCGUCGACGUUGCCGGCGGCGAUGGGGAACUCGCAGGCUUCAACGGCGUCCGCCUCCAGCUCCCGCUUCGUCAUGGCCUCCAGGGCCUUCUCGAAGCAGGAGCUGGAUAGCCUCCGCGCGCUAUUCACCUCCCUCGCAGCGCAGUCGCAGACCAGCGGCCGCGCCAUCUCACGCGCUGUCUUCCUCGAGUACUAUGGGGUGCGGGGGCCGUUAGGCGAGAGGCUGUUCCAGUUGGUGGCUAAGGAGAGUGACGGGAGCGAUGGAGUCACGUUCGAGGAUUUGAUCAUCUCCAAAGCAACAUAUGGAAGGGGAACUCGAGACGAGGUUGAUGAGUUCAUUUAUCAACUAUGUGACGUUACAGGAGAUGGUGUCUUAACAAGGUCUGAUCUGGAAGCUGUCUUGGCGUCCAUUCAUGAAACUGUAUUUGCAGAAAACAAGGGAGUUGGGGAAGGUUCCAAUGACAGAACGUUUGAAGCAUUCCUCAACUCUGCAGUAUUUUCGAAGGAUGCUGAAGGGGUCUCAGAGAAGGCUAUGUCAUUAUCAGACUUUAGGAAAUGGUGCACUCUCUUGCCAUCAUUGCGGAAAUUCCUUGGAAAUUUGUUGAUGCCCCCUGAUUCAGGCAGACCAGGGUUCGAAGUACCACUGCUUCACUAUCCUGAAAACAUCUCCACUGAUUUGCUACUUCUAAAUAAAGAGUAUGCCUGGCAUAUUGGAGGUGGCUUUUCCCAACAUGAGGUGCAAGAAUGGAAGCUUUUAUAUCAUAGUUCCCUUCAUGGGCAAAGCUUCAACACUUUCUUAGGCAAAGUAACGAAUGGUGAUGCGCAGACUGUUCUAAUUGUUAAAGAUACAGAAGGAUCAGUUUAUGGUGGAUAUGCACCACAGCCUUGGGAAAGGCACAGUGAUUUUUAUGGUGACAUGAAGACAUUCCUCUUCAAAUUAUACCCUCAAGCAUCCAUUUUCCGCCCUACAGGAGCAAACAAAAACUUGCAAUGGUGUGCUAUAAACUUCAGCUCUGAGAACAUACCUAAUGGUAUUGGCUUUGGAGGGCAGCCCCAUCAUUUUGGGCUCUUUUUAUCUGCAAAUUUCGAUCAAGGGCACUCAUUUACUUGCAGCACGUUUACCAGCCCUCCCCUUUCCAAGACAAACAGGUUCAGGCCAGAAGUCAUUGAAUGUUGGGGGAUACAAAUGAGGGGAGCACAAGAUGAAAAACCGGAGCUUGUCAAGGGGACAGUCCUUGAGAGAUUCAAAGAGGAUCGCAACAUGCUGAAGUUGGUUGGUUUGGCAAAUUCGAGUGAUUAAGGACUGACAGAGGAUCACAUUUUGCAAACUGUUAGUCUUGGAGAGCCUGUACAGCACAUGUUUAUAAAAGCAGUCCAUCUGGAUACCAUGUCUGUGUGUGUGCAUAUUUUUCCAUCGUGGGCAAGAGCCCGAAUUUCAGUACCGAGGCAACGAAA